GCAGGAGAGAUACAGGCUAUCAAGGGCUUCCUGGUCAACUGCUGGAGCCUGGACAUCAGCACCAAAGAGUACGCCUACCUCAAGGGGACGGUGCUCUUCAACCCGGAUCUGCCUGGACUGCAGUGUACACAGUACAUUGAAGGGCUGCACAGGGAAGCACAACAAGCUCUAAAUGAGCAUGUCAGACUCAUUCACAGAGGUGAUGAAACCAGAUUUGCCAAGCUGAAUGUUGUUCUGUCCUUGUUAAGGUCUAUAAAUGCCAAUGUGAUUGCCGAACUCUUCUUUAGACCCAUCAUUGGAGCAGUGAACAUGGAUGACAUGCUUUUGGAAAUGCUUUGUGCAAAAUUAUAAAGCUGUGUCAAAUAAUGCAAAUAAAUCCAAUGCAAAGGAAGCCCUAGAGCAGAGUAGUGCAAAGUACUGUAAAUAAACUAACUUAUUGUUUUUACAUAGAUCAUAUUUUUGUAUUCCAUAAUAAAAUACUGUUCGAGUUCUGAAAUUAAUUUUUAUUCAACACAGUGUUUUUGAAAUAAGAUCACAGUCAUCCAAACAAGUGUUAAGGUGGAGAAUGUUCAUAUGGAAAGUUCACUGGCUCUGUCUGAAUAAAGAUCACAUUUACUA